CAUUGCUACAAAGCUGCUCGUGCGCACUCGCACUCUGACUACGCUGAACCUCGCCUCUGCAACUCGAUACAACUAGCAUUGACACCGGUCUAGCCCAACACGAGCGACUGCGGCAAGUAUGACGACUACCAACGCAAGCGGCGCGGGCAUGCACGCCAUACCGCUCAUCUACCCUGCCCUCCACCUUCAGCCUCUCAACGAUACCUUUGUGCCCAAACAGAUCUCACUCGUACCCGUCGGAGCAAAGGUCAAGAUCGGCAGACAGACGAACGCGAAGACGAUACCCAAUCCGACGAAUGGCUACUUUGAUUCCAAAGUCCUCUCACGUAUGCACGCCGAAGUCUGGUGUGAAGACGACACGGUCUUCAUCAAGGACGUCAAGUCAUCCAAUGGCACUUUCAUCAACGGCGAACGACUGUCUGCCGAGGCAGUCGAGAGCGAGGUCUUCAAGCUCAGGAGCGAGGAUAUAGUGGAAUUCGGUAUCGAUAUCGUGUCAGACGACAACAAGACGAUUGUGCAUCACAAGGUUGCAACGAAGAUUUACAUUGCCAUUACGUCCGAAGACGCUCUACAUCUCUCACAGACACUGCCUGCUAUCUAUCGAGCAAAUGAGAUCAAUCUGGGCAGACGAUACACAAAAGGCGGCGUUGCCAACACUGGCCUGAGCUACGAUCACGUCCUACACCGCUUACAAAAUGAGCUGCAAAAGUCGCGCGAAACGGGCUCAGAUCUUGGCAACCUGGCAGGCCAGAUGAACGAGAUACAGGACUCUCUAGGCGGUCAUUUGCCGCCUACACAUGCAGUGUCCGGUCGACUGCCCAAUGGGGUCGGUGCAGCGCCUGCUGGCGCUGACGAGGGAGCCAAAGACGGUCCGCAUGCAAGCACGAUUGCUGCAUUGCAAAACCAGCUAUCCGAGACUCAGUCAUCUCUGGCCUCGCACAUUGUCAAGUUCAACAGCCUUGAAUAUGUCUUGACUGAGCACGAAGCGAUGAAGAACGACUUUAACAGUCUACGCGAGCAGAUGGGUCAAGCGCGACGGGAGCUCGGCCUCGCGGCAGAUGCGCCCCAGAACAACGGCGACAGUAAUCUACUGAAUGGGUCUCGCUCGUCAGAUGAUGAUGACGCGAGUAGCAUUGCAUCAGAUGAUACAGUCAUCGAAAGUCAGCCUACGCCGAAUCGAGUUAGAUCGAUCGUCAACGGCAUUGCGACCCACGGCGCACCCGAGCUAGUCGAGCAGAACGCUGCUCUGACGAACCGGAUGAACAGCCUGACGUCCGACCUCGAGUCUGCCACUGCCAUGUCGCAGGCACUACGGUCAGAGCACGCGCAAGCGCUAGAGACCGUUCGCACGCUCGAAGAACGUGUGCAAGAUCUCGAGAAAGCCGUCAAAGCAAAGUCACGCGCAGAAGAGACCAGCAAAGCCUACCCGCCCAGUAUAGAAGCCUGGAAAUCCGCGUUUGAGGAUGCGUGGCGCAAAGAACGCUUGUCGUGGGAAGAGGAGCGAAGACAGCUUAGAGCCAUCAUCAAACAGUGGGAGGACGAGCAUGGCGCGUCUGCUUCGAGCGGAUCUGAGGCAGAAGAGACUGAAGAGACGCCAACGCUACGCAAGACGCCCAGCCAGAGCGGGAAGAGUUCUCCUGCGGCGAGUAGUAAGAAGUCGAAGAAACGCCGGAAGGCACCAUCGAAAACAUUGGUCGAGUCUGUCAAUGAAUUCACCGCUAGCGCAGCGACUGGCACGGGCGAAAAGGCGACAAGAUCGAGGAGGUAUGAUGAUAAGGAUCUUACGAUGACCGCAAGGCAUAGACUGCCCGAUAGCCAACCGCCGGACAAAUCAUCUCGGACGGGGCUACCUCCCACAGGGCUUCCGUCCAAUGCUGCUGUACGCUGGCUUCUUCCUCCAGGCUCGGAAGCGCUGAUGACGGGUGCCGGACAGACCGUCCCCAUGAUCAGUGCUACCGGCAUCGUCCUCAUCGGUGUCGCAGCUUGGCUGUACGUGAACAAGGAUACCUGAUCGCUCAGCUGUUGUACUGUAUACGUCCUCUGCAUGCCGUACAACAUCAUUGGGAGACGGGUGGCAGGAGAGCAUUGAUCAUGUCUUGCGAGAGCACUUCGCGCGCGACGGGACCGUACUCUUGCACGAUGA